UUUCUCUUCUAGCCAUGACCUCAGAUGACGGACUCAGUAUCCCGGGGCCACAAAGGACAUCACAGGACAAAGCAACCCCCAAAUGUCUCUAACCGUCCAUCAUUAUACCAAUGGCAACAUCGACCAGGAAUCUCUAUUAUUUACUGCUAGACGGCUCGCUCUCAAAGGGACCUGGCUCACGCCUCCAUUUCUCCGUACCUUGCGCUUAAAUUUUGAUGCUCAAUGGGAAUAUGCCAUUUCCCCGCCAGUUUUCGAUGCGGGAAAACAUACUCGUCGGCCACUCAGAGACUGGGGCGAUUUGGAGCAAGACGGAGACGAAGGAAAGGGGCUCGAAGAGCUUGAGGAAUGGGUACCGUGGUCGCGAGAAGAUCUACGUUCCCGGGUGCAGGAGUACAGGGACGUAGAGAUGGAAGAAGCUGAUACAGGAUUUAUCGUUACCGACGAUGAUGAAGAACAGCCAUACGACCCUUCGAAACGACUCGUCCUGGACGCACAUUUCGUUACCCCCAAUGAUGGUUCUGACACGAGGUCGAAACAUCCUUCUAUCUCGCCCUCGACCUUGCGGCGAAACGGCGUUCACCCUUUUCGGCGGUUGGCCGAAAGAGGAGAAAGCAAUGCAGCCUCGACCUCCUCGAAACCAGGUUUAGAAGGUGAAGGAAAUUUGAGCUUCAUUGGAGACGCUGAUAAUGAGGGAUUCGAUGAAGCCGAUACGGGAUUCCACAUAGACGAGGGUGAGAUGGAGGAAGAUAUGAGCUUCGGUUUCGUCCUUUCCGAGGCAACUGGUAUCUCCUUCACCUGGGGUGCUGAUGUCCACAAAGUGGACGAGGAUGAAAUGAACACGGCAUUCGUUGAUGAACGUCCGUCUGCUGAAGACGAGGAGGAAGAUGAGGCGUGUGUGGCAUUAGACCUUCUUUUAUCAUCUCAAGAAAGCAAGGAGAAGGAUUUCAAUCUGCCACGUAGGGUUUCAGAAGCCUUACGUGGCAGAGAAGAUAAAGCUGUCUUUGAGCAUGGAUGGUCGGCCGAAGCUGACACCGGAUUUCAUAUCGAGGAUCACGACGAGGAUUACACGGACAGCCAAUUUUUCCUCCCGUCCAUUGAUCAUAGUCGAUCCAACAAUGAGGCGAGCACAGCUCACGUAGAGGGAGACAGAAACUCUUCAUCUGUUGACGGGUCCUUCCCUGACGCACCCAUUGAACCGCCAGAUGAAAGCCCAGAUAUCCUGAUGUUGGACGAUGAUGAAAACGAAGACGAAGACGCGAAUACGGGGUUCGUCAACUUCAAAGCCAAUCUGGAUGCAGACGAAGAGGACGAAGAAGAAGACAUCGACUCUCGGUUCAUUCUGUCGGAUGCAGACAUACAAUAUCACAAUGGCUCUAUCAGUGAAAUCCUGGAUGCCGAUGAUUUCACUGUGCAGGAUGUGAAAGAAGAAGAGGAGGGGGAAACAGAGAAUCAUGUCGAGGGCGAGUACGAAGAAGAUAGGAUCUCAGAAUGGGUCACUGUCGUAGAUGAAGACGAUUCCAAAGUUCGCGAUCCAAACGAUGAUGAUUACGAGUAUAAAGAACAUCCCUCUAGGCUCAUACCCAUCCCUCAAACUAUCAUCUCGAAAUUGCUUACAUCGCCUGUCCAUACUCCGCAACGCUUCUUGGAGAAGUAUCAAUCCCUCUCUGCCCGCGUUGACUCUCUGGGGUCUGGCCUGGGGUGGAUAAUCCCUGUCACCACUCCUGGUGGGGUAGUGCUCGUUGACGGACACGAGGCCCCUGGGCUUUGGACGCCCCGCUCCCUAGCAGCCUUUUGGUCUUUCCUGUGCGAGUCAUUGCAUAAGGAAACAGGGAUGGGUGUGGCGUACGACUAUUUUGGAGGGAAUGGGUAUUUUUUCAAGCUGUAUCAUGACGCGAGGCUCAGCGUGUUGUUGAGGGGACGGCUGGAUGAGUGGGUUUGGAGGGCUGGGGACGAGGAGGGUGGUGUAAGGAUGUUCCAAGGUUUGCGAUUGUCGCUACUCGAUGCGGUCAAUGAGGAGGUCGGCGUCUGGUGAAAUUGGCUCUAUCUAUAUCUAUUUUCUAUGUUGAAUUAGGUUAACCAUCUGUCGGGUUUCCUCUGGCUAUGUAGCUCGCUGGGUUGGUUCUACUCCCUCUGCAUCAUAACAGCAGAUCUUCAGGACAUCGGAAUCGGCCAUAGAUCGCACGCACCCUGAUGAAGAAGUUCUACAGGUGUCGUUCAGAG